UGUUAACAAUAACUUGCAAAAUAGAAAUCUUGUUCGUGUUCCUUUGUCCAACCCUGCCUCUCCAAACGCUUCCGCACUCUCGUGGUCACUCACGUCGAAAACAACUAAUGAUACGGCCUCAGCCCAUUUAACAAAAAAGUCAGAUAACAGCUUCAGUACCCUUCCAGGUCUCAAACUGGUCCACCUAAACAUCCGCUCUCUGAAAAAUAACGCCCAUUUUUUAGAAUUACGUAAGUUUACCAAAUUUAACAAACUUGACGUCCUUACAGUAUCAGAGACAUGGUUAAAUACCUCCGUCACAAACAAGGAAAUAGAAAUCGAAGGUUAUAAGCUACAUCGUUUAGACCGACUGCACAAGAAAGGGGGCGGGGUAUGUGUUUACAUACGAAAAGAUAUUAAAUCUCUUGUACUUAAAGACCUCAGUUAUAUCUCCGAGACGAAUUUCCAUCAAUUAUGGAUCAAAUUACAGCACAAAAAAUCUAAAUCACUGUUGGUCUGUGUCUCUUAUCGACCCCCAGACAGCCCGCUUGACUGCUUCGAAAAAUAUUUUAAACCUAAUUAUGUUCAUGCUCUGACGAUGGGAAAGUUGAUCAUUCUUCUUGGAGACCUAAACUGGGAUAUGCUUAAGCCCACACCUGGAUCAGCGUCUUUGAUCAAGACGACAAAAGAACUCAACCUUAACCAGUUAAUAAAAUCACCAACAAGAAUUACUGAAUCCAGUCAGACCCUCGUCGACGUUAUUUUCGUAUCCUCGCCAAGACUAGUAGUCAACAGCGGCGUCAUAGAAAUCUGUAUCAGCGAUCAUUUCCCUGU